AGCCGCGGUUUAACUGGUUGGGUUCGAGGUCCCUCCAGAAGAAAGCAAGACCUCGCUGUGGCGAACACUGUGCAGGUGGAGACUGGCCGAGAGUAACUGUAUCAGCCAUGUGCUCUUGUUCAGAAUAAUUAAGGAUCUCUCGUAGGAUCCCUCGUUGCUUUGCCUUGCCUUCGCGGGCAUCCUAGUGCGGACCUUCGUUUGGAGGGGGACCUCGGGAAAGAGUCUCUCUCCUUUUAAAAACAACGUCACUUGAGAAAAAAUUACCGGGGGAAAAUAUUGUUGGUUCGUCAGGUCUCGAAGGCUUUGAUGUAGUUUUGAUAUUGAAAGACUCCCUUCUGGAGCAGCUAAAUCUCUCCUGACGAGGUAUACGUUGUAUUUGGUGCUGUUGUGGCUUAGCCGUUUAGUGCUCCUUCUCGGGAAGGUGGUGGUUUUGAAGGAAAAAAAGAUUAGAAAAGGGAGAAAAAAAUUCUUCGUUAUCAAGUCGUGUCGUUUUAUCCUCUCCGGAGACUUAAAACUCGCUCUUAAUCCUGGCGAAAGGCGUGUCUCCCCACAAGUGAAGAACCCCUGACUCUUCCCUCCCCAUUCCCCACUUUCCCCCCCUCCCUAAACCUCGUCGAGGACUAUAUCUACUCUGCGUCAAGUCACGUCACGUGGGGGAAAAAAUCUUGUAACGUUGAUUUCAGAGUCGUCCAGUGUGGCACGUUGCAUCUAGCUGUGAACAUCGUUGUGUUUUUUCCUUGUUCUUGGAAGUUACAGGCUCGAAACGCUUAGCAAUCCUGUUGCUAGGCUGUGUGCUUAUUUUUUUUCUUACGGUUUCCUAGUUCUUACAUAAUUGCUUAUUUAUGACUUGCCCCCAAAACUGCAAGACUUGAAAAAAAGGAAGCUUUGGGGCACUCAGGCGACUACCGUCUUUAUGUUGCUCUUGCAGAAGCAUCAUAGUGCCUCAGCAUCGCCUACGACAGCGCAGCGUCAACGGGUCACUAUGGGAACAAGCAAUAAAAUGGAGGUGUCAGCCGAGCAGGUGGAGCAGGCAGUGGUAGAGUUUUAUCAAGAUCCAGUUGCCAAAAGUGGGCUUAAUGCAUGGCUUAUGCAAGCCCAGCACUCUCGCCACUCCUGGACCUUCGCCUGGCCUUUACUGGAUCCUUCAAAGCCUGAAGAGGUCCAGUUCUUUGCGGGAAACACAAUAUAUAUGAAAGUGUCCAGAUAUUGGCAUGAGGUUCCCAAAGAAGAAUACGAACCGUUGAAGAUGAAGAUACUCUCGUUAAUAGCCCAGUAUAGUAGAUCGAAAGUUAUCCUUAAUAGAUUAGUUAAAUCGCUUGGAGCUUACGUUAUCCAUACCAUCCAGUUAGAUUGGACGACAGCGAUACAAGAUAUCAUUACUAUGUUUGACCCAGGAACGGUGUCAGGCAUCGAUCCGUCCGUAGCGCUCAAUUUACUUUUUAGCAUUUUAACUAUAAUUCCAGAGGAACUCGAGACCAUGCAAGAAGCCAUGAGCAUUAAUAGUAAGGAUAAGCAGGUUAUCACGGGGGCUGUUAGAAAUAGUCAUCAAGCAGUUUUGAGCUUAAUAUCCCAAGUAAUGCAGGCAGGCCAGGUCAGUAACGUUAUCAAAGAAGUUGUAUUGAAGACAUUAAAUGCCUGGUUGAAGCUGUCCUUGCCCCUCUCAGAAACGAGGGACCUCCUAGUGGCUUUAAUACCCUACUCUAAUUAUGCACUUCUGUGUGAACCUGUGAUGGAUGCUCUGCGUACUGCUGUGACAGAUGUUGGCACCUAUAAUAUUCCCAAUACUGUUAUGGAAUUUGUAACACAGAUGUUGCGGCUUGCUCCAAUAUUAGAGGAAGCGCAACGUGCAAGCGAUGAGAAUACGGCAUCGCUUAUCUAUAGCUUAUUUACCUCAGUUGUGGAGUGUCACUCCAGGCUAUUGCUGCAGUGUGCCCUGCAGGCAGAGCACCAAGCAACAGUGGUUCAGGUUGUGGCUUUGCUUCUCCAGUGUGCUGCAACUCCUGGCCAGUAUCCUACGGAUGAAACUACCUCUAACAUUCCUUUUGCUGUUUGGUUUACCAUUCAGGAUGAUAUUAUGACUUUUGAAGGGGAGCAGCAAGCAGAAUUGUUGCAGCUCUUUCAGCCAGUGUACCUGAAGUUGGUGGACACAUUCAUCCAAAAAUCUCUGUUGCCUGCGGAGGAUGCUUUAACCUCUGAAGAGCAAGAAAUGUUUCGUUGUUACCGACAAGAUAUCUGUGAUACUUAUAUGUAUGCCUAUUAUGUAUUAAGAGGUGAAAUGUUAAGUCACCUAGAAGUUCAUCUGAAGGAUGCUGUCGUCAAGAUGCAAAGUAACCCUAGUGACUGGCGGUACCUCGAAGCUGUUCUCCAUGCCUAUUCUUCGGUUGCGGAGACUGUUGCAGAAACAGAUAAUUUCUAUGUGCCAAGAUUCAUCCAGUCAAUACCGCAGAUACCAUUUUCUGAUAAUAUUCAACUGAUAUCUGUUGCACUGACUACUUUAGGGGCCUAUGCAGAUUGGCUGAAUUAUCAUCAAGAUCACAUGCAUCAUGUCAUACCUUUAAUGGUUGAAGGACUAGUUAAUGCCUCGUUAGUUGGUGCUGCUUCACAAGCCUUGAGAGACCUAACACUUGAAUGCCCUUUGACAAUUUCACCUUUUUCUCAGCCUAUACUCACUAGUUGUCAGAGAGCGCUUGAGCAAAGUCGGCUGGAAAGUGCAGAGACGGAACGUAUUAUGACCAUAAUUAGUCGUGUGCUUUCUGUUGGCAAAGAUCAGCCAACUAUUAUGACCUACCUCAACGAUACACUGACUCCUUAUAUUUCACGUCUUAGUCAUCUUAAGGAUCUCAUGGGUAAUGGUAUAUCACGAGACCAGCAUAAUGAGUUGGUUUCACUUUUAAAAUUGCUGUCAUGUUUGGCAAGACAUCUUAACCUUAACAAUUCUACUGUUGAGGAGGAUGAUGAUGACGAUGGGACAACACGUAGACAUUCACAGGUGGUUAGUGGGGAGCCACAACCUCUGCUUUUGGUUUUACAGCAAUUAAUGCCUUUGCUGUCAGAUAUUGCAGCCAAAGCAACUACAGACCAGGAGAUUAUAGAGGCACUGUGUAAGUUAUUGAAGAAUAGCAUAAGCACAUUGGUGGAUGAUUGUGUAGCAAUUCUUCCAGCCAUUUUAGAAAUCAUACCUCAGCUUUAUGAAGCAUCUCUAAACCCUGCAAUACUAGACUUAGUCAAACAGCUUGUAAUCUUGUUUGGUCGGGACGGCAAUCAAGAAAGCAAUAUGGGGGUUCUCUUGCGAAUGGUAACUGCUACAACCCUCAACAGAGCGUCAGCAGACCUUUGGUCUCAUACUGAUGCUAUCCAUGGCUGCCUCAUGCUACUCUCUGCUUCCUUUAAAAAGACUCCGAAUCUCAUUGUUUCCCAUCAUAAUCAUAUAACUCCAUUAUUUCAUUUGGGUGUGGAAGCCCUGAAGUUGCCUGAGGAAGGCACUGUGAGAUCUGCUGGGCAGUUCCUUGCAAGUUUCAUCAACCUCAGCCGAGACCCAAAUGUUGGGUGUCUACAGCCUGUUGUUGCUCACAAUACUGAAACUCUUGUCAGAACAUUAAUGUUUUGUAUAUGCAAUUCUCCACGACACAGUUUGACUAGCUUCAGUGAUGUCUUGAGUGCAUUGUGCAAGAUGUAUGGAGAUGAUUUAGCGCGCACAUUCAAAACUGUGCAAGCUGAUGAAACAUUUUUGUCCCCACGGGUAAAUGCUCAACAAAAGGAAGACUUUGCUAAGAAAGUCCUAAAGAAUCGAGGUAGUAAACGAAGAAUCUUGGAAGCUGUGACGGAUCUAGCCCUCAUAGGGAGAGGACUGGCUGGAACUGAUUACGGAGCACAAACACGAGGCUUCCAUUAAUGUCUACAUGUCAUUGUCAAUUAAAUUUGCUGCACAAGAAGCUAAGCAUGAGUAGCCAGUUCAUAGCAAGUGACAUGCUCAGUGUUUCUUGUUCGGAAAAGAAAAUUAAUCCUAUCACCAAGCCAUGGUCAUGGCACUGAUCUCAAGUUGUCACGAUAUUUAUUGGAAAUGGUUUUCCAUAUUUUUAAUUAAAGGGAUUGUGUACACUUGUAUUGAAUAUGAAGGGUCAUUCUGUUUGUGUUGGGUAAAAAUUGGGAGUCAUUUGAAUAUAUUCGUAUUCCUUGUUCUUCAGAAUUUUUUUCUAUACAAACCUCAUCCAUAUGUAGGAUACCCUUCCAGAUUUACAUAUAUAGCCCUUAAAUAUCAAUAUAUUGUGUACAAAGCCAAUUCCAUAUAUUAUAUAUAUAUAGUGGUGAAGGUGAUUUAAAUGGUGAAUUAUCAUUUGCCCUGUGUAGUAUGUCACAAAGGAAAAAGUACUGAAAUAACAAGACUGGCAGUAUGUACGUUAAUUGGAUGCAGCUUUCGUAGCAAGAAUAUGUAAAUAUUUAUGACCUUUUAGCCCUCAUGGCAAUAGCAAUGCCACCCACAGUAUUAAUUCUUGGCUUAUAUGGAUGUCUGUAGUUGGAAUAGAGAAUGAAUCGGUCAAAUAACCCUAUACAGAAUACAUAAGCAGCAAGGAUGGUUUUUGUUCACAUUAAACUUUGUAGUUGUUCAAAUGGAGUGAUUUCCCACUGACAAUCUGAACCUUGUAUCAGGGUUCACACAGUGUUAGACCUGUAAAUAUAUGCAUCCCCAAUUUUUUUUCUUGUUUGAACUCUGCAAUAAAAUACACGCUAAACAGUCUCAUGUGUUUGAAGCAAAGUAAGUUAAUGUUGACUCUGGAACUCAUCCAUUCCAGUCACAUUAUUACUGUAUCUAUGGUUUUUCUUUAUGACAAUUGGUGUUUAAUUAAAUGCUGGGUUGUUAAAGUUUCCAAUAGAAAUGUAGGUGUGGAGUAAAACCGAAUAGUUUUUUUCUGUAGGGUGGGAAUAGCAAAUUUUGGUGCUUAAUACUGCUGCUCAUGUGUGUAGUCACAAGUCUCUUUUAAUGUUGCCAUAUAGAAUUGCUUGAUGUAAUUUCUGUGAAGUCUGGUUGUAUGUUUGCUCGUAACACAAAGAAAAUAAGAUUUUUUACAUUUAGUAAUGUACCCACUCAUGCAGUUUCUAAGGUUGCCCUGCAUGACCUGUACCAAGAAUUUGUGCCAUCCAUUUCUGGUGUUUUCCCCCCUGUGCCAUUUCCUAAUCCAGUCAUUGUAGAGUUUUCUGGGAUUCAUUUAGACUGGGUUUUAAGAGAGGUCUAAUGUAUUGUGCUUAAUGCUUGUAUGGUAUAGUACAUUUUCAAUAUAAAACUUUUUCUAAAAGUUCCAUCAGUGAACAGGACUCCAUGAUUCUCUUGUGCUGUUACCCUGUUGUGUAUGAAAGUUGCUUAUUGGUACUAAUGCUGAGAAUUGUGAUGCCACUCUGAGUUCAUAUAUGGAAGUAAUUGUGCUUCUGCAACCAAACUUGCUCAUUUGGUAAGUGGUAUGAGAUAUUCUCUGAAGCAAAUUGCUUAAUUUCCAUAGAAUCCCCCCAUCCACUCUCUCUCUCUCUCUCUCUCUCUCUCUCUCUCUCUCUCUCUCUCUCUCUCUCUCUCUCUCUCUCUCUCUCUCUCUCUCUCUCUCUCUCUCUCUCUCAGUAUAUUUUGUUAGCAUUUUUGAGGUGGAGUAUCCUGCUAGUUUACACUCGGCAAGAUAAAGCUAAAUAUAAUGGUAGGACAUGCAUGUGAAUUGAAUAAGAAUGGAACCAUUUUUUGCAAUAUGCAGUCAUGGCUUCUCAAGUGGUGGUCAGCUUUAUGGGAGGCUUAAGCUGUAUUGUUUGUUGAUGGGUUUUUCAGUUGGGGCAAAAGAUUUUGUUUGGUAUUUUACUUAUCAUAACAGAAAGGAAAAAUUCUACCAUUCCCUUUAUGGUAGUUUCUUAGGUAAUGAGGGAAUUUCUCCAAAAAUUGUUCUGGAGAUGCACUUGUUUGUCUUAUGUUAGAAGAUUCAUGUUACUAAAUGCAAGUUUUAGUAUUAGAUACUAUGUGGAAAUUGGGGUUAAUCAUAGUAGUACUUUCCUUUGGUUUACCUUCGGUAGUUCCGUCCAGUGUCAUUUGUUUAGGUAUAGAGUAAAAAUAAAUGUGGACUUUUCUCUUUUGUACAGAAGUUGGAGAAGAGAAUGGAUAUGUAAAACUUGAGUGGUCUAUAUUUUUUGCUUGUGUGUAUUGUUUCCCACGUAAAAAGAAAAUUGUAAGACUUGAAAGAGGAAUUUAAUGUCAGGUCCUGUGGUCAUGCUGGAGGUAGUUUGGUAGAAUAUUAGGUAGUUCUGCAUAAGAUUAUUUUCCUCUUGAUAAGGCAAAGCUAGUUUAUAAUGUUUUGAGAUGUGCAGGAACUUUCUAUUGAAUAUUGAAGUUGGUGGUUGAGCAUUUCAUUUACUGAUGACAAGAAGAGCUCUUAAUUCAAAUUUUUUUUAUAAAUAUUGUAUAUUCUUGAUCAGUGCCUAUGAAGUUGAAAUUACUCAUUAGUUAAGCAGUGGAUGAAAGGUUUUGGAAUGUCUGUUCAAAAAGUUGUGUAUUCUACAUCAUAAAAGAUAUUGUUAUUAAUUUGUGCUGAGUUUUUUUUUUUUUUUUUUUUUUUUUUUAUCCAAAUAGGUUUGGAGAUUUCUAUGCUGGUAGUGCUACUUGACUAUGAUUGGUAAUCCUGCAUCAGGUCAAAGGAUAUGGGAGCUUUUGUCAUACUAAUCCCUCAUUGGCUAGUUUUGGUUCUGAAUUUGAAAUUUGAGUUAUAAUUUUCAGUCAUUUUUCAUCAUACUGAUUUUUGUUGCAACUGCAUUUCUAUUUGUGAUGAGAUGCUAUGAAAUCUAGGUGAGUAGUUUAUACCUUGCAGCUAAUGUGUAUCAGAAGCAAAUGUAUGUUGUACUAGUAUUCAGCAGGCAGGAUUGUAUGAUAGAAUAGCAAAGCGAAUAGGAUGGUAAUGGUGGUAGUAAUAUUUACCUUGACAUUUAAUAGUAAAGACCAUCCAUUGUCUUCACUUCAGGUUAGUUUUAGUUUUCAUGUAUAUGGUAAAACUACCCAAUAGUACUAACUAUUGUUUGUUGCAGCAUUUUGUCCUUCCCUGUUAUUAGUUUUUGAAAAUUUAUAUUAAUGGCAAAAAUAUAAGAAUACUUUUAAAGUUAUAGAGUUUUAAACGCAUGGCCUGAUUAUGGAGCUGUAAUUUUGGUAAUCUUAGGAACCUAGUAUUUUGUAUAAUCUAACAUUAAAGAGUUACAUGUAUUCCUUAAAGUUUGACAUAUAUUUGUUUUUUUCGUAUAUGGUUUAGGUACAGCUGAGAAACUAUACUAUCUGGAAAAUAUCUUGGAGUUAGAGAUGAUGAAAGUGAUGCAUUUAUUGGUAGUUUAUUGGUCUUGACAUACCUGGCAGCAGAAUGUUUUAAUAUGGUAAUAUUCUUUAUUUUUUAGCUUCUUCAUAUGUUGAGGUUGGCAAUAGAUUUUUUUCCCAUUUAAACUCAUUUCAGCUGAAUCUAGACAUAGAAUUGUUUAGGCUACAGUUCUAGUGUUUCAGCUUAUUGGUCAUAAUAGUUUGCUGGUAGCAUAAAUUGCUGGUAUGUUUUGUAUUCAGCAGAUUUGGAAAGGGUAUAGGAACCAGGAUACAGAAUUUUUCAGAUUGCUUUUGUUUUAAUAUACUGGUAUUUGAUUCUCUUCAAUCUGUUUUCAGUUAUGUUUUAGUUUAGUUAAUUUUAGUUUUGUGAGCAGCCCUCGCAGUAAAUUCCACCUUUUUCAGUCUGAUUACGUUACUCUAACUUGAAGCUAGGUAAGUUUCACUUCAUCUUUAUAGCAUACAGAAUAGUUGCUAAAACAACUAUGUCCAGACUGAGAAAAGUGGAAAAAUUUUCUUCAACCCAAAGAUAGUCAUGGAGAAUUACGGAACAGAGAUGCCAAUAGACUUUUUUUUUUUCCCUCAUCAACUGUGAUAUUUUGAGAGUCAGCUUUCUGGUUCACUAUGCCUUUCCCUUCUAGUAAUUGUGUAUUAAGUUAAUACAAAUCCUUGCACUAGAAUGGCUAUUACAUUGUUGAAGAUAAUGUACAUGAAAUAGAUAGUUCUAUUUUCUAUUCCCUUUACAGACAUCAGAUAUGAUAGGCUGGGUAUCUAUUUUGGUCUAUGGACCAUGCCUAUAUUUUAACUGGUAUACAGAUAUAAUUGCACAUGCAGUUCUGUAAAUAUAGUAUAGAAUCCCCUUCCCCCCCAGGUUCGAGUGAUAGUGAUGACAAGUUACCGUUACCUCAUUUUCUGUAGGCAAUAUUUGAUUGCAGUGGAAAUGCUGUUUAUGUAUUUUAUUGUCUUAUAUUGUGCAUUGUUAAUACUGUACAUUCUUCUUUUAUCUGUUUAAAUUCAACUUCAUGUUGGGAGACUUGUAUUUCACUUUGACAGCUACUGUGAUUUCUUUCCUCAUAAGAAUAUGCAAAAUUUUAGUGUAUUGUAUUGCAUAUAAAAUAUUUUCUUAUAUGCAUGUAUUUGUACUGUAUUAUAUGAAAUCUUAGCUGUGUAGCCAUUUGAUCCAAUCCAGAUCUUUAUGAAUUUUCUUUUUAUUGUUAUUAAAGAUAUUCUUGCAAGAAA